AUGGCCAACUCCACGAGCCUUUGCAGGUCGACGCAGAUCACCUGUGACCAGGCCGGGCACGUCAUAGAGCUCGACCUGGCCUACACAAGUCUGAACGGCACACUUGACAAGUUAGACUUCUCAGCCUUUCCCCACUUGAGCAGUCUCACCCUGAUCCGGAAUGGUCUAUUCGGUACGAUUCCAGCAGGGAUUGGCAACCUGACGAGCUUGGUCAGGCUGAGGAUCAUGGAGAACCCGUACUUAAGGGGGCGCAUUCCACACAGCAUUGGACAACUGAAACAACUUUCUCAUCUGCAACUGGAAGCUUUGGGGCUCGAUAGCACACUACCUCAAGAGAUUGGCAACUUGACAAGCUUGAUAUCGCUCACUAUCAAUUUGGCUACUUUGGCAGGAUCGAUACCACCAACAAUUGGGAUGCUCAUGAAGCUCCGCGAGUUGAGCCUAGGCAAUAAUUUGACAGGGAGCAUCCCAAUGGAGAUUGGAAACAUGACAGGACUGCAGACCCUAAACCUUGAGGAUAACUAUUUGGGAGGGCAGCUGCCAGGUACCAUCUCUCAUUUGGUCAAACUCCAGUCUUUGCUUCUGUCAGAAAAUCAGCUGGUAGGUCACAUCUUCCCCGGGCUUGGAAAUAGCAGCCUCCUUGAGGUAAUCUACAUUGCAAACAACAACUUCUCUGGGGCGUUCCCAUCAUCCAUUUGCGUAAAAGGAGCACUGUGGAGAGUUUUUGCUGAAUAUAAUGGAUUUACCGGUAUUCACCCCCAGGCCUUUCAAAACUGCACAACCCUGCAAUAUGUUGACUUCACGGCAAACAACAUUGUUGCAGAGCUAAGGGACUGUUUUAGUGAGCAUCCAGGACACCUGUACCACAUGGCUUUCAGCCAUAACCAGCUGCAUGGCACACUUCUGACUGAUCGGGGUGAGGAUUUCCUUUGUAACCGUACUAAUUUAGGCUUCCUAGACCUAUCAAACAAUGUCUUACAUGGAGGUUUUUCCAAGUGUUUCUGGGACUUGCCAAAUUUGCAAUUCCUGGAUCUGUCCAGCAACUCUUUCAGUGGUGUAGUUCCGUUCUCGAGGACAUGUCAAGAACGUCUUAAAUUUCUACUCCUAGCCAAUAACAAUUUUACAGGAACCUUUCCUCUGGGUCUUAAGAGAUGCAAAAAGCUUGCUGUUCUAGAUCUUGGAGACAAUGAUUUUUCUGACAUGGCCGGUAUCGACUUGUCUGGAAACUCGUUGUCACAGGAGAUCCCAAAUGGGUUCACAACCCUUCUUGGACUCAGAUACCUGAACUUAUCAGGAAAUCAUCUGUCAGGUUGUAUCCCUGAAGACAUUGGCAAUCUAGUACUGCUGGAAUCCUUGGACCUUUCUCGGAACCAACUCAGGGGGGAAAUUCCUCGAGGCUUUGCAGAUUUGAAGAGCAUAAGCAAUCUGAACCUCUCAACCAACAUGUUAUCAGGGAGGAUACCUAUGGGUGAUCAGCUGCGGACACUUGAUGACCCGUCAAUAUACAGCAAUAAUCUUGGGUUAUGCGGAUUUCCGUUGGAAGACUGCGUAAGCUCGUCAACACCGACGCAACCUGAAACGAGUCUGGAUGAAGAUAGAGAGGCGCUGUGGUUUUACUGCUUUGUGGCUGCUGGGUUUAUCUCUGGGUUCUGGCUAUACUUGGGCUUCUUGUUUCGCAGCGAGACAUGGAGAUAUUCAUUCUAUCAGUAUGUGGACAACAUGCAAGCGAAGGUGACCAAGAAUAUACGAAGCUGCAUUUCGUGCUUCCAGGUUAAAGGGCCUGAAUGA